AUGGCUGAUAGUGACUUUGGGAAAAAACCCACAAAGUGUCCCUACUGUUCGUCUACUUCUCAGAAAAAUACACUUUGUACAUGUUCCUAUAAAACCAGGCUUUCUCCAGUGCUGGUGGUGGAAAUGUCACAGACAUCAAGCAUUGGUCAUUCAGAUGUUUCAGUGUCAUCAGAGAGAAGAAAUGAACAAGUUUUUACUAAAAAUAAGACCUCUGCAAAAGAUUUGCCCUCACAAACCUCAAGUGUAGAGAGAAAGGCAUCUCAACAGCAGUGGGGUCGGGGCAACUUUACAGAAGUGAAAGUUCCUCACAUCAGGAUGGACAAUGGAGCUGCUAUUCAGGAAAUAUAUACAUUUGGAAGAAUAUUGGGAAAAGGGAGCUUUGGAGUGGUCAUUGAAGCUACAAACAAGGAAACAGAAACUAAGUGGGCAAUUAAAAAAGUGAACAAAGAAAAGGCUGGAAGCUCUGCUGUGAAGUUACUCGAACGGGAGGUGGACAUCCUGAAAAGUGUGAGGCAUGAACACAUCAUACACCUGGAGCAGGUGUUCGAGACACCCACGAAAAUGUACCUUGUGAUGGAGCUUUGUGAGGAUGGAGAACUCAAAAAAGUUCUGGAGAGGAAAGGACAUUUCUCAGAGAAUGAGGCAAGGUGGAUCAUCCAAAGCCUCGCGUCUGCUAUAGCGUAUCUUCACAAUAACGAUAUAGUACAUAGAGAUCUAAAACUGGAAAACAUAAUGGUUAAAAGCAGCUUUAUUGAUGCUAACAAUGAAAUGAACGUAAACAUAAAGGUGACUGAUUUUGGCUUAGCGGUGAGGAAGCAUGGUGGGAGUGAAGCCAUGCUGCAGACCACCUGUGGGACUCCUAUGUACAUGGCCCCUGAAGUCAUCAAUGCCCAUGACUAUAGCCAGCAGUGUGACAUUUGGAGCAUAGGUGUCAUCAUGUACAUUGUAUUAUGUGGAGAACCACCCUUCAUGGCAAGCUCAGAAGAGAAGCUUUUUGAGUUAAUAAGAAAGGGAGAGCUGCGCUUCGACGGCCCCGUUUGGGACUCCAUAAGUGACUGUGCUAAAAGUGUUUUGAAACAACUUAUGAAAGUAGAUCCUGCUCACAGAAUCACGGCUAAGGAACUGCUAGAUAACCAGUGGUUAACGGGCAAUACACUUUCUUCGGCAAGACCAGCCAACGUGUUAGAAAUGAUGAAAGAAUGGAAAAAUAAUCCAGGAAGUGAUGAGGAAAACACAACAGAUCAGAAGAACAAGUCCAGACAAGAAAAGCUGGAAGAUUCCCAACUCAGCGGACCCAGCAGAAAUGUCACCCGUGUCCCUAGUGCUUCAGAUGAAGAGGAGGAAAAACAGCCCACUGCUUAUGAAGAAACAUUUCCUGUGACCAGUAAGAAGGGAAAUACGGACGUCUUGGACAUGAGCAGACUCCUUCCAGCUGCACUCAAGGGAGAACUAGAGAAACCCUCUGUGACUUCGAGUCAUGGAAAAGCAACCAAAUAUACUGCUAAGUCCGCUGUCCUGCCUAGAACCAAAAAGAAACUCUAAGGUUCCCUCCAGCGCUGAAUAGUGCAAAAC